GUUUUCCGCCUGAGCCCGGAGCGCAGGUUUGGACCGUGCCGGCUCCGGCUCUGACUCGGACUGCAGACGAACGGGGCGACACGAGAUGGUUGCCCUCGAUCAGGACUAGGAAGAUACUCACUGUGUGAUUCAAACACUCUUACAAUGCCCACCAAAGUUGGCAAGCCCAAGGCACAGAGUACAGGUGCCAAGAAGAAGGGCGGCAAGAGGGGUGGAGGUGGGAAGAAAAAGAAGAAGAAGAAGAAGGAGAAAACUCCCAAAGCCCAGGUGGAAGUGGAUAUUCUGAGCCCUGCAGCGAUGUUCAACCUGUAUUACAUCUCUCACAACGUGCCCUCCUGUCUUGCCUAUCGAGGCUUCCUCUGGCCUGGAAGACCCAAAAAGAAGGGACGGAAAUAAACUGAUUAAAUAAAGAAAUAUACAGAGAAAUAAACAUCUAAUAUUCUAACAUAAGAUGGGGUGGAGCGAAAGAUCUCUAUUUCCCAAACCAUAUUUGUUUAUGGUGCAUUUUAUUUCAAUCCCCCUUGUCACACUCCCAUCCCACUGAGGCAUGCCAAUGAACUGAAUGCCAUCUGAUAUCUCUGCAGCGAGGCAGAAAUCUGGGAGAAAGGUUGAGGAUGUGGGCAGGAAAAAAGAGAUGGAAAAUUGUUUGCAACUUUUCGGUCAAUCGGUAGUGCGGCAGUUUACUGAGGGUGUGCUGUACUGUCACUGUUGUGUUAAAGAGCUCACCAUUAAA